GGCCCCGCACACCUGCGGCCCAGCGCUAAGCCCCGGCCCCCGUUUCCUGCCCGCGCUCCUCCCCCGGCUCCCCCGGGCCCCGCACGGCCAGAGCCGCCCCGCAAACACCCAGCGCGGCCCGAGCCAGGCGGGACGUGCCCGGAGCGGCGGAGAGGCACGAGGCUCCAUAGAAGAUGGGUGACUGGGGUUUCCUGGAGAAGCUGCUGGACCAAGUCCAGGAACACUCGACCGUGAUCGGGAAGAUCUGGCUCACCGUGCUCUUCAUCUUCCGCAUCCUCAUCCUGGGCUUGGCUGGGGAGUCUGUGUGGGGGGACGAGCAGUCGGAUUUCGUGUGCAACACCAAGCAGCCCGGCUGCACCAAUGUCUGCUAUGACAAAGCCUUCCCCAUCUCCCACAUCCGCUACUGGGUGCUCCAGUUCCUCUUUGUCAGCACCCCAACCCUGGUUUACCUGGGCCACGUUGUCUAUCUCUCACGGAAGGAGGAGAAGCUGAAGCAACAGGAGAGUGAGCUCCGGGCAAUCCACAGCAAGGACCCAAAGAUCGAGCAGGAGCUGGCAGCCAUAGAGAAGAAGAUGUCCAAGAUCUACGUGUCGGAGGAUGGGAGGCUCAAGAUCCGAGGGGCGCUGAUGUGGACGUACAUCACCAGUGUGAUCUGCAAGAGCAUCUUUGAGGCUGGCUUCCUUGUUGGUCAGUGGUACCUGUACGGCUUCUCCAUGGUGCCCCGCUAUGUGUGCAAGAGGGACCCUUGCCCACAUCAGGUGGACUGCUUCAUCUCCCGCCCUACCGAGAAGAGCAUCUUCAUCAUCUUCAUGCUGGUGAUGGGCCUCAUCUCCUUAAUCCUGAACCUCCUGGAGCUCUUCCACCUCUGCUGCAAGAACCUGCUUAGCAACAUCAAGAAGGUGUCGGACCCAGCCAUCCCAAGCCGGGAUGCCUUUGCCAGUGACAUGGUCUCAGGUGCCUACCCACACAAGCACUACCCCUUCCUGCCCAUGGCCGACAGCCACACGUCAUCCUACCAGGCCUUCAACAAGCUCUCCAGCGAGCAGAACUGGGCCAACUUCCACAACGAGGAGAACCUGGCGCUGGGCAGCAGCGGCAGACCCCUGUCAGACCCCUAUGCUCCCAGGGCUGCCGAUGCCCCCAUCCCAGAGGAGAAGCUGAGCAGCCGGCCCGGGAGCUCAGCCUCCAAGAAGCAGUACGUCUAGAGCCAGGCUGGCCCUGGCCGCCCGGGGGGACGUUCCUUGGCCCCUUGUGCCUUGAAGGUGCUGGCCACGGGCAGGCAGCUGCCUCCUGCCUGGUGCUGUGCGGUACCCAGGCCCCGCGGUGGCUGCGCCCACACUGACCUGCCUGCCAUGGGACGUGGUGCUCAGGCUUGGGGCUGAGCUCUGCCCUGGAGCGGGGCCUCUGCUCCCGCCUGGUUUCCCCACUAGACCUGCAAGGAAGGAAACAGCGCAGAGCUCCCGGGACACCGUGUCCCUCGCUCCGCGCCGUGGGAAAGGGAGACAUCCCCGGAGCCGCGCGGCUGGGAACAGGCUGUCCCCGGGGCCGCGGCGGGAGGAUGCUGCCCUUGAGGGGGCCGGACCCUGGGGCUCUCGGGAGCUGCCGCCAGCACCGGGGGAUCCGAGCGUGUGGCCGUGGGAAGCCGCUCGCCUCCGGUCUCUGCUUGGAGCCUGGCAGGGCCGGGGCAGCGCUGCCUGAGGGGUCCUGGCCACCAGCCCCUUCCUGUCACCCUGCAGGUGGGACCAGAGGCUCCCGACCAGGGUUUGCUGCAGGAGCUGCCCCUUUUCCGUGGGGCACAGGGGGGUUAAGCCAGCAGCAGGGCUCUGCAGUGAGCGGCUGAUCCCGAUGGCUGCAGGGUCACCACUCGGGCGCCCUGGGAGCGCAGUUCCCCCCCUCGGCGCCUCCUGGCCCUGGAUCCUUUCCCAUGGGAUGCGUGUGUCUAAGUUAUUUUUAACCUGCUGGCCUGAGCACGGAGUUUUCUGCCUUAAAGGUGCAGCUGUGCAGGGGCCUGGGGAGCUGUGUCCAGCCUGGCUGCGUGCCCCUGAGCCCGGUGGGUGUUUUAUGAGGGGGGGAAUGAGCCUCACAACUACUGGUCUGGUGUUACUGGUUUUACUGCUUUGCACUGGUCAUCUCCUGAUGGGGGCUGAGGUGCUGGGGAGGGAUGGAAGAACCAACUGCUGCCACACGAGCAUUGCCUCUGACUCGGCAUCCCACCAACUCUGUGAAAGGGGAAGGUCCUGCGUGACCCAGGCAUGAGGGUGGGAUGCGGGCACUGCCCUCUGUGCUGUUCCUUUCCCCCUGGAGGACUCUGUGUUGUACCUUGUUGAAUAAAGUUGGAUGAAUGAACAGAA